UCAGUUUCGAGAGUACAUGGGAAGUGCUGCUAUCGCCAAAGCUAAGAUUUUAAUGCUUCGGGAAGCUAAGCGUGUUGAGCGUCCUUUGAGCAAAAUUGCAGGCGGCGUUGAUAACCGGGAGAUCAUCGAUAAGUGUAGGAGGACGAACAACAACGAUUUAAAAGAUUCAUCGUGCUGGGUUCCACAUCCUAAGACUGGGAUAUACUUUCCGAAAGGCCAUGAAUGGGUGAUGAAGGAUGUUCCAGACGAUGCGGCUUCUUUGGGUCACACUUUUUGGCUGAGGGGCGUUGAUGGUGUUGAGAAACCAGAGCCUGAUCAUCAAUUACCAAGUGAUCACUAUUUCCAUGCAAAUAUGUGAGCAAACCAAAUUACUUAAAUUAUUAUAAGGAAGGAACAACUAGACUUGAGAAAGAGUUAGGGGAAGAAGGAUUGUGAAUAAAUAUUUUGGCCUUUGGCUGAA